UGUUCUUGGUUCUCAACUUCGUUAAAAUAGAUGGUUUGCCUUCCUCCUGCCAACGAGAUAUUCCAAAAUAUCAGUUGAUCACCAAGAAAUCACCCAUGUCAUUCGUGAGAUUACCGCCAGCGCCGCUGCCGCCGUCUAGUCCUCAUGUCACCGUGGUUUCCUCCAUCACAACCAGAGGAAAACCGAAAUCCUCAAAGUCUCGUAUGCUUUCACCAACAUCAAUUUUGGAGCCAAUGAUGGCCACUAAUAAGUCUCUUUUGGCAUCACUCGCAAGCAAGAAAGGAGAGGGUCUCCCGUUGUCGACAUUGAUGUUUAAAGCACUAGACGAUAUCAUAAUAGACUUCCUGGACCCUCCUGUCAAGCCGUCCCUCGACCCGAGAACUGUGCUCUCUGGAAACUUUGCACCGGUCGACGAGCUCUCUCCAACUGAGUGCGAAGUGUUGGAGGGCUCACUACCGCAGUGCCUAGAUGGCGCGUACAUCCGCAAUGGCCCGAACCCACAGUUCGUUCCCCGUGGGGCCUAUCAUCUCUUCGAUGGUGAUGGCAUGCUUCACUCCAUUCGGAUCUCUCGAGGUCGAGCCACGUUCUGCAGCCGCUAUGUCAAGACGAACAAGUACACCGUCGAGCACAAUCUGGGAUCUCCUGUGUUCCCCAAUAUCUUCUCGAGCUACAGCGGUGCAAUGGCCUCGGCGGCUCGUACAACUCUCUUUUUAGCAAGAGUGCUCACCGGUCAAUUCAAUCCCUUCAAUGGCAUUGGUCAAGCAAACACCAGCUUGGCCUUCUUCGGCAAUGGCCUCUACGCGCUUGGUGAGUCUGACCUCCCUUAUUCUAUUCGCUUGACGCCAGAUGGCGAUAUCGAGAUGCUCGGCCGCCACAACUUCGAGGGCAUGCUUUCCAUGAGCAUGACUGCCCAUCCCAAGGUGGACCGGGAAACUGGCGAAGCCUAUGCUUACAAGUAUAACCCGUUCUUUCCUCCAUAUCUGAACUUCUUCAAGUUUGACCGGGACGGAGUGAAACAACCCGACAUGCCGAUCAUGUCCCUCUCCUGCCCGCCGUUCCUCCAUGACUUCGCCAUCACCAGGAAAUAUGCUGUGUUCCCCGAGACCCAGAUGGGAGUGAACCCCAAGGGAGCAGUGUUGGGAGGAUCCAUAGUGGGCCUGAACCCGAGGAAAGUGCCGAGGAUCGGGAUCAUCCGCCGAGACGUGGAAAGCGGUUCUGAGAUGAGGUGGUUCGAUGUGCCGGGCUGCAAUAUCAUGCACAUUGUGAACGCGUGGGAUGAAGAAGAUGAAGAUGGCAAUGAUGCGGUGGUGAUGGUGGCACCAAACAUAAUGUCAGCUGAACAUUUUUUGGAGAGGAUGGACCUUGUCCAUGGCUUAAUGGAGAAGAUUAAGAUCGACCUCAAGGACGGAAGGGUGUCAAGGCGACCAAUUUCGGCCAUGAAUUUGGAUCUUCCUGUGAUGAAUCCUGCAUUUAUUGGGAAAUAUAAUAGAUAUGUAUAUGCAGGCGUUGCUGAUCCAAUGCCGAAAAUGUCGGGGGUGGUAAAGCUAGAUCUUGCGAAACGAGAGGGCACUGGCGAAUGCGUGGUGGCUAGUCGGAAUUAUGGGCCAGGUUGCUACGGAGGCGAGCCAUUCUUCGUGGCGAGGGAUCCCGAAUAUCCGCAGGCUGAGGAGGACGAUGGGUACCUCAUGUCCUAUGUCCACGACGAGAAAGUUAACGAGUCGAGGUUCUUGGUGAUGGAUGCCAAAUCGCCGGAUCUCGAUGUCGUGGCAGUAGUGAAGCUACCCCAGCGCGUUCCUUACGGCUUCCAUGGAAUUUUCGUUAGGGAUAAUGACCUAAAUAAGCUCUAGCAUAUUUAUUAAGUUGAAGGAUUUAGUUCCACAUGGUAUUAAGCUAAUUAUUAGAAGUCAUAAUAUCAGGAGCACAUAAGAUAGUUAUAUGAUAAGUGACAAUCCAUGUGUUUUUCUUGGUCUCACUAAUUAAUGGUACGGUAGAUAUAAUAGAGAAUCAAACUAGGGAUUUAAAAGUGUUUUGCAC